GCGGUAUGGGACAAGUCUCGCAAAAUGGGCGGUAAAAAACUCGGAGAUACAAGUCGGCGUGAUCAAAUUAAGGACCAUGUUAACCAUGCCAAGUGGACAUACGCGACAGGUACAAAUCGAGGUUCUCGCUGUUCUGGAUCCCGUGACGUCGGAUAUACGAUUACGCGCCUGUGACCCAAUGCAAGGCGGAGAUCGAUUAGUCAGGAGACGAUUUCACAAUAUUCUACGUCCGUUGGAAGAGUGGGUGCACACGGAUUCCAAGAUAAUGACCGAUUUCACCGUCGACAAGCGCGCUUUGAACGACUUGGGAUAUAAUCACGUUGUACAGUCUGCAUUCGCGGGGCAGAAUUCUAAAAACAUGAACAACUUCCACAUGGAAUUUCUGCGAAAAAGCGUGUGGGCAAUGUUUCAGAAGACGAUGUUAAGCUUGCUCGGUAGACACAUGAUACAACAAUUCUUGGACGAAUUAAUCUGGAGAGAAACGUAUGGCGGUACGUCGAAACGCGCGUUCGACAACAUUAUCCGGCACAUCGCAGAGCAGACCAAGUUUGACUUAAACAACAAUCUGAUAAACCGCUUGGCGAAAAUAGCUAGCAAUCCGUUUCAUGAUUGGUCUUACACAAUGACGCAUUCGGCGGGCGACAUGUUGGCGUCGUCAAAAGCUGAUCAUCAUUAACUGCUGAUGUGGUGGCAUUUUAAAACGCCGCUGAGACCGUUCUGUUAAAAUACUCCAGUCUGGAGAAGCGAGGAAGGAAACGGAUUUAUCCCGCGACAAAUCUGGGGCAAGACCCGAAGAAAAUUAUUCUGGAGCCGAAGGAUAACACAGAGAAGGAGGAGGAAGAAGGUAAAGGCGAAAAAGAAUCGGAAGAUCAGAUUCGGCUUCAGGAAUUGCACAUACGCUGCGAUGGAAGAUGACAAGAAUGCUCACUCACGUGAAACGCAUGUAAUUCUGGCCAUUCUGACAGCGCAGCGGUAGCUUACGUCAUUUUCGAAGAGAAAUUGGACAAAUCAACGCACCGAAGAUCAUUUUUACUCGCUUUACAAUGGCAAUUAGAAAAUUCUGUGAUAAAAGAUGAAGAUGAUCGCAUUUUAUCUUUUAUUUCUACUUUGGAAAA